CGCACAUAUAAAGUGCAUAAACACUUUUUCUCACCUCAUUGCAAUUUGGACUGUAGGGACAUUCAGAGCAUCGGUGAGACAAGACAGCAUACUAAGACAGAGAGACAGAGACUAUACACACAAUACAUCUUAUCGUCAUCAUUGAGAUAUGGAGAUAGAAGAGGACAUUUAUGCCAAUGUAGAGGAGGUAUGUGUUAAAGGCUAUGGUGAUCUGGCUGCAGGUUAUGAGACUUUACACCAGAGUCCACAGGCUGGAACAAGACUGAAGCAUGGGAAUCAGAACUCUCCUCCUUGGAGGCUGGCUACAAUUUCUCUGGGCCUGCUGUGUGUUCUCUUACUGAUCACAAUCAUAAGCCUCUCUGUGCACUGUGAGUAUUCAACGCACAUGUUUGCCUGCAUGUGUAUUUAUGUGUGUGUUUGUGAAUGUGUGUGUAUGUGUGUGCAUGUGUGUGCAAAAAAUAUUGUUUGUGUGCGCUCUCUUCUCUUUUCAAUCACAGAUGAUGAACCCUAUAAUGAACUGUCCAGACUCCAGACUUCAUACAACAACCUGACUGAGGAGAAACUCCAGUUACAGAGGACAGUUUCAGAGCAGGAGAAGAAGAUAUCAGAGCUUGGACCCUGUCCUGAUGGUUGGAGGAGAAUCAGAUGUAGUUGUUAUUACUUGUCUAAUAACAGUAAAACUUGGAGUGAGAGCAGACAAGACUGCAGAGAGAGAGGAGCAGACCUGGUGAUCAUAAACAGCAGAGAGGAACAGAAGUUUCUAAACAAAUUGGGGGAAAAAAUGUAUUUCUGGAUUGGUCUAACUGACUCAGAGAAGGAAGGGAGCUGGAAAUGGGUGGAUGGAACAACACCAACCACAACACAAUUCUGGAGAGAAGGAGAGCCAAAUAAUGCCCAGGGGGAUGAGAACUGUGCAGUCUUCAACAGCUUCAGCGAUAACCUGGGAAAUAUACAAUCAUGGAAUGACCAGCCUUGCUCAUUGCUUAUCCAUUGGGUAUGCAACUACACACCUAAAGUGUCCUCCUAAUAGGCCUACACAUCAUGAUGGCAUCUGCCCACAGGAGAAAUACUGAAUUCCAAAAACUAAGCAGUGCAUCUCCUACAAGUUGAUGCUGACAAGGCCUGCCAGGAAAACGGAUGACCCAUAACACAUGUAAAAAAGGCCCACUAAUUAGCUAAUGAUUAAAAUUAAUGAAAGUUAAAAUUGAAUCUACGUCAGACGUUAAUUCUUCAAGUCGGCUGUUUUGGCAUGUGUUUUGGAUAAUCUGAAUACCCUUUUGAAUUUGCAAUUGCGUUUAGAUUUGCUCUUACAUUAAGGUUAAUCCUUCCUGCAUUUCAGUAGUAGCACAUAUUGCUGUCACGACCUCCUCCGAAGCUGCCUCCUCUCUUUGUUCGGGCAGGCUUCGGCGUUCGUCGUCACCGGCCUUCUAGCCACUGC